GGCGGCGGUGGCGGUGGUUUUCCUCGCGGCGGAUCUCCAAGGGGCCCGGGGCUCCGCGGGCAACGCGAUUCUCUCGGGUUUACGAGCUUCGAGCGUAAUCGUCGCCGUCGACUCGAUCAAGAGUAGCACGCCGAUGUCAUUAUCCGAACACCAAGGCCACGCGCCUGCCGCCCGAUUAACGAUAAUUCGUCAUCUCCGGAGGCUACGCAUACCCGUGCCUUUUAGGUCGUGCGAACGAUGUAACAAUCGAGAGUCCUUGGGCCGAUUCUUCAGUCGGCUUACCUUAAAAGACAAAAUAACAACGACAACAACAACAACAGAGCUUAACUUUAGCUGCGAUACAUCCAUCUCAAAUUCUAAUUUGUCAGCAAAUUAUUAAUAAACUCGGCGAAAAUCAAAUCAAAUUGCCCUUAUCCUUGCGUCUCAUGCGCAUUGAGCAAAUUUAAUUUUAUGAUUUUUCCGAGGCAUCGCAAAUACAAUAAUGUUAUUUUCGUAUUUACUUGUAAUAGUGGGCCGAGUGGCCGGCCACGUCAUACGAGCGAAACAAGCGGAAUGCGAAUCAUAUUCAUUGCCUACAUAUAUAGCCAUUGAAUAUUGUAUUUCAUAUUCGCGGUUACUCGUUCGGUAAGGCAGUGCACUGCGCGUCUUUAUGAUUCAUCUUAUCAGCGAGUCUGCUCGAGUACUUUUUGAUUAUAAUUAAUGGGAGCCAACGAGGAUAUUGAGCUGCUGCCGUGCAGUUUUCAAUUUCAUAAUUUUUAUCACGAAGUUAACGAGGUUAGAAUUCAGUGUCAAAUUAUGAAAAUGGAAAAGAGCCUGUAUCUGUGGCUUGGAGAUUAUACUGAAAGAACGAUGAAUGAUUUAGCGCUCGCAUUUGCAACUGAUAGCGAAAAUAAGAAAACCGUUUUAUCAACGAAAAUAAUGGGACACGUAGCGGACGAGACGUCGCUCAAUAUUGCAAACAGAUUGUCUAAGAAGGCAGGCCAGCCCGUUUAUGUCAGUUAUAAUUUAAAUUUGCCACCUCCUACCUUACUCAGCCUCGAGAGAAGAAUUCACGAGGAAUUUAAAAGCAAACCUGAACUUCUAGAUUCGUAAUUAAUGCCAAUAACGAUAUUGUUUAAUUGAUUUCAAGCUUAAUUCUUAUAUUAC